GCAUACUUCCUCAAACAGCUUCCCGGUUCUAGAUGUGGCGGUUACAGUCCGCCCUGCAGCCCGUCCCCCGCGGAUUUCUGACAGUUCUGCCCUUUAUGUGCCACUGACCGGGACGAUGACGGCUAACAGCCGCUGUUUACCCACGGAGCCUCCGGGCCUGGAGACCCAGCAGCGGGAGAUCGAGUGUCUGCUGCGGAAGGCAGAGCUCCGCGCUGGAGACAGCUGGUUCCUGAUGGGCUGUCGGUGGUUCCAUCAGUGGAAGCUGUUUGUUGAAUCUGGAGAUCAGAAUUCGUCUUGUUUUCCGGGUGAAAUCGAUAACACAGAGCUGUUCGAGGACACGCUCUCGUACCGCCUGAAGGAGCGUCUGGUGGAGAACGAAGACUUUGUGUUGGUGCCGGUCUGCGUUUGGAACAAACUGGUGUCGUGGUACGGAGUGGUGGAAGAGCAGCCGGCGGUGGAACGCAAGGUGGUGGACCUUCCCAGCACGCUGAAAGUGGAGGUUUACCCCGUGGAGAUUUUUCUCUGUCUUCAUAGCAACAUGGAAAAUGUCAUUGCAGCCCAGUUCAGUCGAACCAACAACAUCUAUGACAUCCAGAAAGCUUUGUGUGAGGCGUUCAUGGUGCCUCCGGAAUCAGAGUGUCGGCUGUGGAUGAAGAGUUCAGAUAGUAGCUGUGAGCGUCUCAGGAACCUCUUCAUGAGUGUAUUGGACUCAUGUUUGAGCUCAGGGAUGACGGUGAUCAUGGAGAUCAGGAAUGCUGAUGGAACUUGGCCGAGCUCCAAACCUCAAGUCACGAACUCUGUGGAGUAUCGAGGGCAGCCUGGAGUCUGCGGUCUGACAAACUUGGGAAACACCUGCUUCAUGAACUCUGCCCUGCAGUGUCUCAGUAACGUUCCUCCUCUGACCGAGUACUUUCUGGGGACCUCGUACCUGAAGGAGUUGAACUUCAGUAACCCUCUGGGGAUGAAGGGCGAGAUCGCCGAAGCCUUCGCCGACAUCAUCAAACAGAUGUGGUCAGGACGAGUGCAGUGUGUGGUGCCCCGCAUCUUCAAGAUGAAGGUGGGUCACUUUGCCUCUCAGUUCCUGGGUUACCAGCAGCAUGACAGCCAGGAGCUGCUCUCCUUCCUGUUGGAUGGGCUGCAUGAGGACUUGAACAGAGUCAAGAACAAAGAAUACAUCGAGCUGCGGGACGCCGACGGCCGGCCGGACCAGGAGGUGGCGGAGGAGGCGUGGAGGAACCACCAGCGGCGGAACGACUCCGUUAUCGUGGACACAUUUCACGGCCUCUUCAAGUCUACGCUGGUCUGUCCUGAGUGCCACAAGGUGUCUGUCACCUUUGACCCCUUCUGCUACCUGAGUGUCCCACUGCCUGUCAGCACAGAGCGCGUCAUGGAGGUCUUCUUUGUCUCCUUGGACCCCUAUGCCAAACCUGUCCAGCAUCGUAUUGUUGUUCCGAAAGCAGGAAAAGUAUUCGACCUUUGUACCGCUCUCUCUGAGGCCACCAACGUCCCCCCUACACAGAUGGUGGUAGCUGACGUCUUUAAUCAUCGGUUCUAUAAGAUCUACACUGCUGAAGAAGCUCUGAGCAUCAUCCUGGAUCGGGACGACAUCUUUGUGUAUGAGCUGAGUGCACAGGAGGAGGAGCAAGGCGAGGUGGUGCUCCUGGCGCUGUACCUCCGGGAGCGCUCCUCCUACAAGGAGUACGGCAUGUCGCUGUUCGGACACCCGCUGCUGCUCAACGUGCUGCAGAGCAGCUGCAGCCAGGAGGCGCUCUACAGCCUGAUCCUGCAGAGGCUGCAGCGCUAUGUGCGAUCUCCUGACCCCUCCGAGGAGCUGGAGGAGGACGAAGAGGAGCUGUAUCAGGCUCAAACCAACGGCAUCAGUAAUGAAGAGGAGCAUGUUCCUGUGGAAACGGCCGCUCCCUCCCACUUAGACACGAGCUUGGACCAAUCAGAGAGCUGCGCUGCGGGUGAUCCUUCCAGCACGGACCAGAAGGAGCCGCAGCCUCCCGUGGACCAGACCCAGAGCCUCGACCCUGCCCUCCCACAGCCGCUGCUGCAUGAGGAGAAAGAGGGGGAGCAGCAGGAGGAGGAGGAGGAGGAGGAGGAGGAGGAGAAGAACGAAGAGGAGGACCAGGAAGAGAAAGAGGAGGCAGGAGCAGCAGCGGAGGCGCGAUCUCCCAGCCCAGUGACCAAUAAGCAUCCAGCAAAGAGGAGAAAGCAGCUGUUCACCAUUCAGGAAGUCAAUUCCAACGGCACGACGGAGAGAGCAGGUGGAGACGGAGACCAGUUCCUGUCUUUCAGUUCUCAGCCGUACGUGGCGAUUGACUGGGAUCCCGACAUGAAGAAGAGAUUCUACAAUGAAAAUGAGGCUGAGAUGUAUGUGAAACACGCCAACAUGGACAUUCCACAUCAGCAGACUAAAGUCCAACUGCAGGAGUGCAUCGAAUUGUUUACCACUGUGGAAACCCUGGAGGAGGAGAACCCAUGGUACUGUCCAGAGUGUAAGAAACACCAAUUGGCCACUAAGAAGUUGGACCUGUGGUCUCUGCCAGAAGUUCUCAUCAUCCACCUGAAGAGGUUCUCCUACACAAAGUCCACAAGAGAGAAGCUGGACAGCAUGGUGGACUUUCCCCUCCGUGACUUGGAUUUGUCCAGCUUCCUGUUGAGGAAAUCUGUUUCCAGUUCAGAGCCUCCGAGUCGCUAUGACCUCAUUGCUGUUUCCAAUCACUACGGAGGACUGAGAGACGGACACUACACCAGCUACGCCCAGAACAAGGACAACGCUCUGUGGUACUACUUCGACGACAGCAAAGUGACGUACGCCCAAGAGGAGCAGAUCGUGACGAACGCCGCCUACGUGCUCUUUUACCACCGCCAAGACAAAUUGAGAAAACCCACUCUGCCCGCCCCCAGCGCAAGCCCCGCCUCCUCCACCCAGGACGCCUUCGACAACACUGACUGCAAAGACGAUGACAUUGUGCCAGGCAACACCUCCACCUGCGUCACCAUGGAAACUGACUAAACUCUGCUCUGUGACUGGUCCGACCGCCGGUCCGCAUCGCUGUCCUCAAAGCUGAUUGGUGGGUGCGGGUUGUUGUCAGGAAUGAAAUCUUCCAGCCCCGAAGCUCCACCCGCAGCACAUCAGCCGUGAUGGCCAGUGCGCACAAUGGCUGGCGCAGUGGGACUGGCUGUUUAUAUUUGGGUUGUUUAUUUAUUUACAGAACGAGUUGUGUACAGUAUUUUUCUAAUGAAAGAGUUGGUUUGUUCAGCAGCUGGGCUCCUCUCUGCAUCUUCCUGUCAAAUAUCAGAGAAAAUAUUUUAUUGUACUUCAAUCUUUUGAUAACAAUAAAAGGUUUAUUCUCCCA